AUGUCUACGGUAGCAGACGAACUGCUCAACGAUUUUGGCAGCUCAGGCGACGAGGCUGAGGAGGUGGAAAAUGGCCUCCAAACUACAACUGUGGACGCCAUGGAUGUGGAUGUUGGAGAGGACCAAGCAGAGGAGGACAGCGAAGAGGCAUCCAAGGCCCGAAUCGAGAAGAUGCAGUUCGGUGCUGUGAAAGAUGUGCGCAGCGUCGCCAGCUUGAUGGCGACUCUGGAACCAGUCCUAGAGAAAAUUAAACAAUACCAGUCGCAACCCGCCACGCAAGCGGGCAUCGGAAACAUCGAGGACCACCCCGAAUACCACCUCUUGACGCAGUCAAACAGCCUGUCUACGCAGAUCGAUGGCGAGGUGGCGCUUGUGCACAAGUUCAUCCGCGACCACUACUCGACGCGCUUUCCCGAACUCGAACGACUAGUUACAACACCGCUGGAAUAUGCCAAGGUAGUUUCCAUCAUGGGAAACUGUCCUAUGGACUCGGAGAGUAUCAAAGCGCUACAAACGUCGACGGAUAACCCGCUGGGCAUGGGCCUUAAGGCAGUCCUGGAUGGACCUUCGCUCAUGAUUGUCACUGUCGAAGCCACGACAUCAAAGGGGGAGGAAAUGACACCGGAUGGGCUUGCGCGAGUGCGGCAGGCGUGUGAUAUGAUGAUUGCGCUCCAUGCAGCCAAGACAAGCUUGACGGAAUACGUACAGUCACGCAUGAACAUCUUUGCGCCGAAUCUGACAGCGCUCAUCGGGUCGCUUACAGCGGCGCAGCUCCUCAACGCUGCAGGUGGACUGACGGGUCUAUCCAAGACGCCAGCCUGCAACUUACCAUCGUGGGGCUCCAAGAAGCGCCAGGCCGGUCUAGCCACCAACAUUGGCGUGCGCCAACAAGGGUUUCUCUACAACUCGGAGAUCAUCCGUGGCAUCCCCAGCGAUCUGAAGAAGCAAGCCAUGCGGAUCGUCGCGGCGAAGCUUGUAUUGGCUGCGCGCGUCGACCGCAUUCACUCGAGCCCUGACGGAUCCACAGGCGACAACCUCAAGUCGCAGUGUUUAGAGCGGUUGGAGAAGCUCACGGAGCCACCGCCCAAUAAAGGAGGCCGUGCCCUUCCCGUUCCCGACGACAAGCCCUCGCGCAAGCGCGGUGGGCGGCGGGCGCGCAAGGCCAAGGAGGCGCUUGCCAUGACGGAGCUGCGGCAGGCGCAGAACCGCAUGGCCUUUGGCAAGGAGGAGCGCGAGGUUGGAUACGGCACGGGCUCGGGCACUGUCGGUCUAGGCAUGAUUGGGCAGGCCAACGAUGGGCGGAUCCGUGGAAUGCAGGUCGACCAGCGGACGCGGGCGAAGCUAAGCGCCAAGAACAAAGGCUGGGGCGUAGCAAGCACCGUCGGCGGGGGCGCGGCGUCGUCUAUCAGCGGCUUCGGACAGACCAAUGGCAUGGACCUCCGCGGCAAGGGCCUUCGGACGUCGGGCGUGGGCAGCACUGUUGGCGGCGGCGGCGGCGCAGGCACGGCGUCGUCACUGGCAUUUACGCCGGUGCAGGGCCUGGAACUGGUGGACCCGAAGAAGCAGGCGGAGCUGAGCAAGAAGCGCAAAGCCGAGGAGGAUCGUUGGUUCCAGGGUGGCACCUUUACACAGCUGAGCGGCGCCGGCUCGGGAUGGUCAAACGGAUUCAAAAUUCCGGACCUGCCAGCGUCCAAGAGGCAGAAUACAGGUGCCGCCAGCAAGGUGCCGCCACCGAACAAGUAA